CGUUAAGAAGGAAUUAUUAAAGUAUAAACAAUUCCAAUUAUUUAACCCCUCCAACAUCAUUCAUACCCAUAAUGUUCAAGAGAUAUAACAAGCACACCAAGGGAUGAUAUCGACGGAGGUGCCAAUGAUGAUCAUAGUGAUUGUACAUGCAACUUUCGUCCAUACAAAGGUCCUAGACAAACAACAAGCUGGUCCUUACAAAAAGUUUGUAUCUCAACAAAAAAUACACUUGCAGCAAUUGGGGCGGCGGUAUAGAUGUACAACUGAACACCUGGACUUUUCAUGAUAAAGGAACACGACAUCAACAAAAACAGAUUCGGGGAGCACUUGAACAAUAUGCAAAUAAUGACGUCAUUACAAUUUGGUUUAUUGAACUACAAAAAGAAGAAAGAAAAGUGACAACAAUACCACCACCCUUAGCAACCGUAGCUCCGCGAGUACCAUCAACCGGACAAACAAUAGCAUUCUAUGCUCCCGAAACCGAACCGAUAACUCCAACUUCGGAUAAUGAAUUUAAUGAACCAGUAACAGUGGCAGAAAGCGAAUUACCAACGUUAUUACCAUUAAAUCAAAAUUUCCCAUGUGCGCUCAUUUCUUUACCUGAUACAGCGGAAGUGGCGGUAGGGGACCGGAUUUCUGGCCCCACGCCUACAUCCUCAGUACCACAAACAGUCGAGCAGUAUGAUUAUGAAUACCUUACAACCAUUACCUCGAAGACCACAACAACAACGAACUCCGACAACAUCUCGGGUCUCUGCGCACCACCGAAAAGUGAAAAACAAAGUCUCAUCUAUUAA